AUGGAGGCGCGCGGGGCCCCGGAGGAGCGGGCCCUGGCCGGGCUGCGCUCCGUCUUCGCCGCCUGCGACGCGAACCGCUCGGGCCGCCUGGAGCGGGAGGAGUUCGGGGCGCUGUGCCGCGAGCUGCGCGUGCGGCCCGCGGACGCCGAGGCCGUGUUCCGGCGCCUGGACGCGGACCGCGACGGCGCCAUCACCUUCCAGGAGUUCGCGCGCGGCUUCCGCGGGGCGGGCGCGGGGCUCGAGGACCAGCCCCGCGGGGACCGCGACCUGGACCCCGGCCCCGACCCGCUCGGCCUCGAGGACCCCGACCCCGACCCCCUCGGCCACCACGACCACGAGGACCCCGACCCCGACCCCCUCGGCCUCGAGGACCCCGACCCCCUCGGCCACCACGACCACGAGGAUGGGGACGGGGACGGGGCCGGCGGCCGCGCGUGGCGGGACUUCCAGGGACGACUGGGGGCCGAAGCCAGGUUCAUUCCCAGAAAAGAACAAGUUAGUACCCUGUAUCUAAACAUUAACCUCGUGGAGCCACGGCUGGUCCAGUCCUACGAACACGUGAUAAGGAACUUCAUUCGUGAGAUUCAGCUUCAGAGUGCAGAGAUGGAGCACCUGGCCAUGGCAGUGAAGAGAGCCCAAGACCAGGCAGCCCUGCAGCUGAGUGAGUUGGAAGAGGAAAUGGAUCAGAGGAUUCAAGCAGCAGAGCACAAGACCCGGAAGGAUGAAAAACGCAAAGCUGAGGAAGCCCUCAGUGACCUCAGACGUCAGUACGAAACAGAAGUAGGAGACUUGCAAGUGACCAUUAAAAAACUGAAGAAGCUUGAAGAGCAAUCCAAACAUAUAAGUCAAAAGGAAGAUGUGGCAGCAUUAAAAAAACAAAUUUAUGAUUUAUCAAUGGAAAAUCAGAAAGUUAAGAAAGAACUUUUGGAAGCACAGACAAACAUAGCCUUUCUUCAGAGUGAACUAGAUGCUUUGAAAAGUGAUUAUGCCGACCAGAGUCUGAAUUCUGAGAGGGAUCUGGAAAUAAUCCGAGAAUACACAGAAGAUCGAAAUAGUCUUGAGAGACAAAUUGAAAUACUCCAAACAGCUAACCGUAAGCUGCGUGACAGCAACGAUGGUCUCAGGAGCGCCCUGGAGAGCACUUACAGCAAGGCCAGCAGAGCCGUGCGCCUAAAUAAUAUAUCUCCAGGGAAUACAAUUUCUAGAAGCAGUCCCAAAUUUAGUGGCCAUUCUCCUCAACCUGUGGGUUAUGACAGGUCGUCCCGCUCUUCCUAUGCGGAUGAGGACUGUGACUCCCUGGCUCUCUGCGAUCCCAUGCAGAGGAUGAAUUACGAAGUAGACAGUCUGCCGGAGAGCUGCUUCGACAGUGGCUUGUCUACCCUACGAGAUUCCAAUGAGUACGACUCCGAAGCGGAAUACAAGCACCAGAGGGGGUUUCAGAGUUCCCAUGGGCUACAGGAGAGCUUCAGGGGUGACGCUUCGGACACAGAUGUUCCUGAUAUAAGAGAUGAGGAAGCAUACGAUUCGGAGGACAUGGCCUCUGUCUUAGACUUGAAGCCGCAGGGGGCUGUGUGUGAAGGGAACACUGGUAGCUCCUCCAGAAAGCCCGUCCUGGCCCUUUCACCUCAAACAGACAUGGUGGAUGACAACUCUAAACCACUCAGCUCUCAGAAAGCUUACAAAAUCGUGCUGGCUGGGGAUGCUGCGGUCGGGAAGUCAAGCUUCCUCAUGAGACUCUGCAAGAAUGAAUUUCGAGGACACACAAGUGCCACCCUGGGAGUGGAUUUCCAGAUGAAAACUCUCAUCGUCGAUGGAGAGCAGACAGUCUUGCAGCUCUGGGAUACAGCUGGACAGGAGAGAUUCAGAAGUAUUGCCAAGUCCUACUUCCGAAAAGCAGAUGGUGUUUUGCUUCUGUACGAUGUUACAUGUGAGAAAAGCUUCCUUAAUGUACGAGAAUGGGUAGACAUGGUUGAGGAUGCAACCCAUGAGACCAUUCCUAUCAUGCUGGUAGGAAACAAGGCUGAUCUUCGUGACACCGCCGCUGCCGAAGGACAAAAGUGUGUCGCAGGGUAUUUUGGAGAAAAACUGGCCAUGACCUACGGGGCGUUGUUCUGUGAGACAAGUGCCAAAGAUGGCUCCAACGUAGUGGAAGCCGCUCUGCACCUUGCUCGGGAAGUGAAGAAAAGGACGGAGGAGGAUGACAGCAAAUCCAUCACCAGUCUGGCCGGGACUGGUUCCAAAAAGUCUACUCAGAUGAAGAAUUGUUGCAGUGGCUAAGUCCCAACCAUCCCUGAAAUGUCUUCAUUUCCCCCACACUGAGUUCUGUGACUCAUUGGUUCCUAAUAGGGUGUGGCGUGCGAUGGAGAGGUGUGGAAUGUGCGCUCCUUCCCCAGUGAGCCAUUAGAUUUGGGCCUUCUGGUACUUUUGUUGUAACUCCUUAAAGAUAGUUUGUUUAUGUUUGUUAUCUGGUGGUUGUUUUCUUUUCUUUUCUUUUUUUUUUAAUAAAAAACAAGAUCAGGAGCUCAGGUUAAUGAUGUCUGACAAACCACAGAUUUAAUCAGGUUCAUACAUAGCUGUUAGCUAACCUCUGCUGGGACUUACUUACACACUUGACCCAAGGCAGUCCUCAUCUGAGGACUUUGAACCAAGCCUCGCUGAAGCCUGGUGCUCUGGGCUAAGUCUCUGGCCCAUCGUAGAUUUUUUUUCCUUUCUGUAAAGUCAGCAGUUUAGCCUCAAAGACGCCGUGGUCCCCGGCACCUCUCGGAAUUUGUAGCAUUCUUAGCAGCAGGAAGGGCUGCUCCAGGGACCUGUAGAGCAGGUGUCUCACUUCUUAAAUGUGGUGAUAUUGAUUUUUCUCACUUCUGAAAGGAUAACAAUUUAAUUGAAGAAAAAAAGGCUGCAUUUUAGGCUCUGAUAAGAAAAGAUCUAUUUUUUAUGUAUAAAGAAAACAUGCUUGAAAAAGGAUUGAAUACAAACUUGAGAAUACUUAAUUUUAAGGUAAACUUGUAAGGCGUAUACUAUAGAAAGCACAAUGCCAGGAAUGUUGUUCAGCAGAAAAGUAUGCACCAGCGGUGGACAAGAGGCCGAGGAACAGGCUGCUGACCAUGGCUGCUCAGGAGCAUGGGUUUCUUUGGAGAAUAACAAGAUUGUUCCAGAAUGACAAUGGUGGUAAUGGUUGUGGACCUUUCUUCAUUUAUGAAGAAACUGAUGCAUUGUACACUUUGAAAGGAUAAUUUAUAUGGCAUGUAAUUUAUAUCUCAUGAAGAAGUAUCUUGGCAUUAGAAUGACUUACCAUUUGCCAUAUGAAAAUAUCCAUGUUGUUUUACUCUUUUCCAUAGUUCAAAGCUGUGAUUCAGUGCCAGUCCCCUAAUUACCCCCUGGUUUCAAACAUUAACUUCCUUAAAUAAUAAGCAACAAAAGAAGUAUUAAAAAAAAAGGUGCGUCCUUGGUUUAACUGAUGUAAUCAUCAGAAGCCUGAUCAGUCUAGAACCUCAAGCAUCUCAUAGAUUGCCACACUGAACUAAAUGACUUAAAAGCCAACAGAGCGGUGACAUUGUUCAAAAAGAAAUGUACUCUUUAUCUGACUUAUGUAGCUGUAACUCCUCUGUACACCGCCUUUGCAAGAACAACAAAAAAUGCAACAACAACAACAAGAAGCCAGCGGAGUCACUACCUGACCCGAGGUGGAUCCGUGAUACCUGCUCCCAGGAGUUUGAGCCAAUUAAUGUGUUCCAAGUGAAAGACUUGAGCCUAUCUAGAUUCAUGUAGGCCCAGGCUCUAAGCAGCUUGCCAACAAGAGUUGUGUAAAUGGUCUCUGUGAUUUAUUAUAUUAUGUAAGUUCAAAACGUUUCUUUUUGUUGAGUGGAAACAAUGCCAUGCAUGUGGCAACCUUCCUGUAGAUGAUUUUUCUCUUUUCUUUUGGGGUGUGAACCAAUACCAGCCACCUGCUCUAACUUAUUAGCUUUUUUAUUCUUAGCUGGUACUUUACCAUUUGAGCUUAAUUUCUAUUGUGCUGUUUUUUUUUUUUUUUUAAC